AUGUUUUCUACGACAACCGAACCAUUUUAUUGUGAUUAUCAAUGUGAUUCAAGAUCGAUAUCAGUAUUAGGACAUACUGAAUAUUCAACAAAUGAUUAUAAUUUUAUUUCCAAUUGUACAUCAUAUCAACACUCAUCAACACUCAUCUAUCCACAAGAACCAAUGGCCAAUACGACUAAAAUUCUUAUUAAUCCAUUCUUUGGAUCACAUUCAACAAAUCAAACAAGUGAAUCAUUGUCAGAAGUCGAAAACAAAUGUCCAACUUUGAUCGAACAACAAGAAAAGUCAUCAAUACCAUCACGACAUCGAAAUCGUUCACCACCAUCUAAUCGACAAGUAAUAACAUCUUCUAAAAAAAAAUCACAAGAACGUCAAAAACGAAAAGCACAACGAACAAAAUUUAUUCAAGAAAAAGAAUUAAUAUUUAAAAGACAAUCAUCAUUAUUAUCUUCGAAACAUAAACAUUCUCGGUCAUCAUCUGAUCGAUCAGAAAAUAAAAAAGAAAAAUUAAAACGUUUAUAUAAGGAAUAUUCUAAUGAAGAUAUAGACAAACAAUGCAAGCCAUUAUUACUUAAAGAAUAUUAUGAUUUAUAUCAAUAUGCUUUUGACAAAUAUUAUCGAAGAUUUAUUGACGAUCAGUACUAG